AUGAACCUGCUCGAUACGGAAGUUGAGAUGGGAAACCUUAAUCCCUACCAACAAUUCCUGUCUUCCUCCCCAGCCCCCGCCCGGACUCUGAAUCGUCAACGUUCUACUUCAUUCCCCUCAGUCCAUUAUUCGGGUUCUCCAGAACAUCAGCCUGUCGAGCAACGACGUAGGAAAGCGAGUCCCAGUCGUCGCCAUCGCUCGCAACGCCACGCUCGUACCCAGUCGCACCAGCCGAGGUUCUCUCGAAACUCGCAGUUGGUGAACCCCGAUAUUAUUGAUCGCCUGGACGACGCCGGAGUAUAUCAGUACCACCAUGAAGGGCCCUACGAUGCUGUCUACCCCGAGCGAAAUGUGAUCGACAAGCUCAGCCCGGUGGCCGCCCUGCGCGAGUCUAACGCAGAGGCCCUCAAGGCUACCCCACACGACAAAAUUGUGGACUGCCUUGAUAGUCAUCGCCCCCUCGAUGGUGUGGCUCAUUACCCCCCAGGUCACACGGACCCUCAGGGCCAUACAUACGAAUACGAGGAGGGAAACAACAUGAUGAACGACUACGGGAACUUUAUGCGCUGUCCCGGCAUGAAAUUCAAGGAUGAGGAUUUUAAGAAUGACCCCUUUUACAACACUCCUCAUCCGAACCCAUUUGCGAGUCUGCGCAAGAGAUUCAGUCUUCGUCGUCGUAACCGUCGCGGAACGAAUUAG